AAUCUUCAAGCCACCGACAAACAACUAGACCGACUCAGCCAUGGGAAAUACUCCGCAAAGGACAUCGAUGCUUCGGACUUUAUCAAAAGGAAACCUGAUUUCUGAUCUUCAGAAAAAUGAAUGUUUCCAUCUUCGACUUUGCUGAACUUCUUUAAUAGCCCGCGUCUUUUGCGCACCUCUGGAUAUCUGUUUGAGAAGGAAAACUAUAUCUUCUAAGUUGUUCAGCUGCACUGAGGGACAUCUGAACUAUGUAAUGCCUUCCUUAACUAUGGACCUUAUGACCUUCAGGGUUCAGUGAUGUUAGCUUUGAGCCACUUCAACUCCUCAGCCUCCCCGCUCUUCCCUCAUUUCUCUAAUGACAGCGGAGGGAAGGUGGAGGCUAUGGUGGCUGUUGAAGGGCUGUUGCAGCAGGGGAAUCUCACCUUGGUGGAGCCAACCACCAGCGGCGUCAUUGUUGUGAUCCUGUCCAUGACCCUGGGCAUCAUCUCCAACAUUGUGGCGCUCUUCAUCCUAGCCAAUGCCUACUCCAUCCAGCGCCGGCGCACGAAAGCCACAUUCCUUCUGUUUGCCUCUUCACUGGUAGUGACAGAUUUUAUUGGCCAUGUGAUCCCUGGUGCUCUGGUUCUCCGACUUUACCUCUCUGGAGGUGUGCAUCCCGAAGACUUCGACUCUGGUGAUAGGAUGUGUCAGUUCCUGGGUGGCAGCAUGGUGUUUUUUGGCCUGUGCCCACUCUUCAUGGGCUGUGCUAUGGCUGCUGAGCGCUGCCUGGGUGUCACUAAGCCACUGCUGCACUCUUCCCUGGUCACCAAAACCCGCACAAAGAUCUGCCUGACUGUCAUCUGGCUGGCAGCUCUGUGUGUGGCCAUGCUGCCGUGCUUUCAGCUGGGCUCUUACACCUAUCAGGACCCAGGGACCUGGUGCUUCAUCAAAGUGCUCAGUGACACUGAGGAGGUGGAUGUGGCGUUUGUGGUGCUGUUCUCCGGACUAGGUCUGACCUCGCUAGCUGUGGCGCUGGUGUGUAACACCAUCAGUGGACUGACGCUGGUGCUUGCUCGGCUUAGGAGGCAGCCCGGCUCCCAUCACUCAGCCAAGUCCCAUGACAUAGAGAUGGUGGUGCAGCUGGUUGGCAUCAUGGUCACCUCAUGUAUCUGCUGGAGCCCUCUGCUGAUCUUUGGCCUGAUGUCGGUGAUCCGCUCCUAUACCGGCUCUGUUGGAGAGGACUUGUCCCACUAUAAAACCCUGAUGGUGAUGGGUGUGAGGCUGGCCACAUGGAACCAGAUCCUUGACCCCUGGGUUUACAUCCUGCUGCGCCGCACCGUCCUCCGCAAGAUCUACCUCAUCGCUAAGUGCCAGGCAGGCCUUAGGGGUAAUAUAACAGGCCGCUGGGAGCCCACGUCUUUUCCCAGCUCAGAGAAGAAUGAAGUCAACCAAGUUUAAGCUGGGAGAAAGGCUUAUAUAGUACUUUGUGGAUGUACUUUGUCACCAGGUCAUUGAACACAUGAAGAACUCGGGGUACAAAGACGUUUAGAAGGAGAGACCCAAAGAGAAGCAUGUGGAAGGAACUUUGUGGCUGUGAUGGUGGAUCCGAUCAGAUUAGAUAUGCAGUUUGACAUUUGUCGGCUGGUCCACUUUAGGAAUGUUUAAAGGAUUCAAUCAAAAUAUCUCAGUUUCAAGUUUAGAGUUUACCAGUGACUUCAUUGUCUGACCUUACAAAUGGAAGCUAGCUAAUGCUAUUAUUUUGCACAAAAUAUUAUAAACUUUCUAUUGUUUACUUAUGAUAAGUGAACAUUCCUUGUUAUCAUUACAUUCUCAUUUGAAAAAUCAUGACCACAGCAUAUGAACGCAGUACUAACCAUUCUCUGUUCUGAGAUACUUUAUAGUCUGCAGUUCCCAUCCUCAUUUGCACCAGCAAUGAAAGUAAAAAAAAUUAUUUGCGCAUUAACUUUCUCUUACAUUAGGAAAAUGUGAAAGAAUUGAGUUGUGUCGGUAUAACCGGAGGGAGCUCCAGAGUAAAACCAGAAGUAUUCAGAGUGUUUUUGUAAUGUUCAUAAUUCUGCUGAAUGUAUUUCAUAAAGGACUGUUAAUAUUCAGAUACUGUGGAUUGUAGGUAUGUUUAAGUGUAAAUGUUUUCCAUGUGUUUAUACAGUGCUUUAAGUGAAAUAAUGUAAGAUUUUAUACGUUAAUACUUGAAUUGUAACCUCAA